AUCAGGAUGAACUCCUUUUGUCGUUUUCUGUCCUCUUUAUCCUUCUCGUCAUCCUCCUCAUCUAUGUCUGUAAUUAUUCCUACAAUAUUUUGGCUGAUGAUCCUACCAAUCUCCAUCAUGAUCCCCCUGGCCUGCGGGGUAACAUGCAGAUCGAGCGAUCAAGCCACGUGUACAUCCUACGUGGUUUACACGUGGCAGGAGGGAGAGAGAGUGGCCGACGUGGCCAAACGAUUUGGCCUUAAUUUGGCAAACGAUUCAGCUCGGAUUACUAUCGAUCCCGAUCACAUAGAGCUCAUCUUUCCCGUCACAUGCUCCUGUAAUCGCACAAGGCAAGCUUUUCGAACGGACAGGAUAAGCUACGUAGUCGAGGCCGAGGGAGGAGCGGCAGGAGGAGGAGGAGGAGGAGAAGGAGGAGAAGGAGGAGGAGGAGGAGGGAGAAGCGUCAGCGUGCUAAAAAUAGCAUCUUCCCGGUACCAGUCCCUGACGUCGGCGGAGGACAUAAUGGACGCCAACGGCAUUGAAGACGUCAACGAAAACUCUGUGGCCGCGGGCCAGACGCUGAAGAUCCCCAUUCGCUGCGCAUGCAACGUGUCAGAAGGAGAGCAGUUCCAAUCCUACGUGACAUACCGGCCACGUGACACGUCAGACACGCCGGCCAGCGUCGCGAAGAAGUUCAGCUCCACCGUGGAAGCCAUGCAGAGGGUGAAUGGCUACGUGGGGGCUGUCGUUUUCCGCGCGAAUCAGGAGCCAAUCAUAGUACCGACGAACACGUGGCGAACGCUGCGCUUCUCGUCGUCAUCUAGCCAGGAUCAGGACCAGAUUUUCAGAGGAGGAGGAGGAGGAGGACCGAGGGAGGACACCCACCAGGUGCACGAAGGUGUGCCUCCGUGGCAAGUCAUCCUACUCGCUAGUACCUUGUUUGUCCUUAUCCCAAUCUUCAUCGCUCUUUUUCGACGUUAUGGAUGGCCCACCUGCAGUCGAUCUGACGAUGGUGGACACUCUCUCUCCUUCUCCUGCCGUUUCUUACACAACAGCUCGGAGAGCUGCGGCUGCGCCCUGUCGCACAAACCUCUCUAUUCGACAAGAGGAAAGCAAGAAGGGGACAGCAGCAACGACAGUCGCCUGUGGAGGUCAUCAGGCCAUCAUAAUGUUCAUGAUUUAAACACUGACAGCAGCGACGUAGACUGGGGAGGCGGAGAAGGAGGAGGAGGAGGAGGAGGAGGAGGAGGAAGAGGAGGACAUGCAAAGGGAGGAGGAGAUGCAAGAGGAGAAGUGAGAGAAGGAGGAGGAGAAGAAGAAGAAAGAAGAGGCAAGGAGGAGAAAGCUGGCGGGGUUGGAUGCUGGCCAAUCCCCAUAACCGUUGAGGAUACGACUAAGCAGAAGCAGAAGCAGAAGCAGAAGGAGAAGGAGAGAGAGAAGGAGAGGGAGGUGGUACAAUUGAAGGAGGAGGCGACGGGAGUAAGUGUGUUUUCGUUACCAGAGUUGGAAGAUGCUACGGAUGGAUUCAGCAAUGCGAAUCAGAUCGGCAUAGGCGCUUCUUGCCAGGUGUUCUAUGGGGUUUUGCGAGGGAGAGAGGUAGCAAUAAAAAGACUGAAAUUCAAUUACACACGGGAGUUUCAAAAGGAGCUGAAAGUGUUAAGCCGAGUACAUCACAGGUGUCUGGUCGGACUGAUUGGCUACUGCAUCGAGCGGUCCAUGUUCCUCGUCUACGAGUACUGUCAUCAAGGAACGCUGAGUAGUCAUCUUCACUCCUCCUCCUCGUCCUCCUCCUCCUCCUCCUCCUCCUCCUCCAUCACACCUCCUCUCCCUCUGGACUGGCCGACGAGGGUUCAAAUCGCCAUCGAUGCAGCUAAAGCAUUACUAUACAUCCACGAUCAGGUGCAGCCGUCGUACGUUCAUUGUGACAUCAAGUCUGUGAACAUCCUACUCGAUCUGCAGCUCAGGGGCAAAGUCGCCGACUUCGGGGUAAUGAAGCUGAUGAGGAAGGAGGGAGAGACGGUGACCCCUGAGAUGGCGACUAGGACGACGGGCGUGCAAUCAUGGCAUGCCACGUGGACAUCGAUGUGGAGGUCCACGUCAGCGUCCACCAGAUUUGCAGGGACGAUGGGGUACAUGGCCCCAGAGUACAUGAUAUAUGGACACGUGUCAGCCAGCUGUGACGUCUACUCCUUCGGAGUGGUGCUGUUAGAGCUAAUCACCGGUCGAAAAGCUGUCCUGUCACCGGCAGAGGAGAGAGAGAGAGAGAAAGUGGUCUCCUCUCCCUCCUCUGCUCCUCCUCCUCCUCCUCCACCUCCUCCUCCUCCCCCUCCUACCACUCCUUCUCCUCCUCCUCCUCCUCCCACUCCUCCUGCUCCUACUGCUACUCCUACUCCUCCUGCCGCUCCUUUCAACGCCGGUCUUCCUCUUCCCGCCCGUCCCUUCCUCACAGAGGUCAUGUGCCCUCUUAUCAACGAGAUGACAUGCCCUGGACACGUGGCAGCCAUUAUCGAUCGCCAGCUCGGCAAUGGGUAUCCACAAGAGUCGGCUCUGCAGGUAGCCAAGCUUGCGGUCCAGUGUGUCGCGACCGAUCCCGACCAACGACCAAAGAUGAAGCAGGUCGUGUACGUCUUGGAGCUUGUCAGGAACAGAAGUGCCGCGAGUGGGCGAUAAUUUUUAUUUAUUUAUUUAUUUUUAUUUUUUUUGCGAGUGGGCGAUAAUUAAAAAGACGAGAAAAGAAAAAAAAAAAGCCAACAGUUGAUUGAACCUCUAACGGAACGGAAACCGUUCUCAUCUUGCUGUUUAACGAAGACGAUAACGGCCUGUUACGUCGUGGGUGGGUGACAUACGCUGCAAUUCGAACGAUAGAGAAAAGAUAAGCAACCCGGUCCCCGCGUUGGSUGGGGGGGGGGGGGACGGGAAGGAGUGCUGCUGGGCGGAAAAAAAGGGGAAAAAGGAUUGCUUGCUAAGCGCAAGCAUUAUAAUAGAGUUUGUCCAGAACAUUAUUGCCCGUAAGAUCUCAUAGCUGCGCGCCGAGAAAAGAAAUAACAAAAGAAAAAAGAUCGC